AUGUCGACGAUAUCCUUCAACAUCCCAAUUCUUUCGAUCCCGUUCUACUAUGCGCUCGCCGUCUUUCCACAUGGCUAUGCAAUCCACAAAGCAACCCAAGGCGACCCCAACAAGCACGACAACCGCAACCCAAAAGGCACUGCUCAGCUUGAAGCUCUCAAGAAGCGUCUGUCCGCUAGGCAGCUCGCUGCUUUCGAACGUGGAGAGUCAUGCCAUCGCAAUCAUCUCGAGAAUAUGCCGCUCUAUGUGGCAGCCAUCUUCGCAGGAAUGCUGGCAGAAGCAAGAGUUGGCGAGGGAGAAAUCGGACUGAUCAAUUUCGUGCUGGGAUGGAAUGCCAUCCGAAUUGCGUAUACGGCGAACUACUUGGCGACGGAGACGAGGCGGUGGAGCUAUCUGAGAAGUGCCCUCUACUUUGCUGGAACUGGAUGGGCAUUCGUCAUGUUCUGGAGAGCAGCAGUUGCAUUGUCGUGA